CAUAGUUAUAGUUAAUCCUUCACAUAAACACAUAAAACUGGUUAUGCAAAUUAUUAUGUUUGUAUAAUACAUAUUAGAUAUAUAGCUAAUUAUUUUACUGGUUAAUUUGGUUUCAUUGGAUAUGAGUAUAUGAAACCAAACCACCUAAACCAAACAAGCUAAAAAAUUUAACCAAACAAAACCAAUUAUCCAAAUACUAUCGAUUAAAAUGAUUACCACGGUAACCACUCCGUUUGAACAGCCCUACUCAGUACUCACAGGGCACACUAGGGUGGCAGAGAUGAAAGAUGAAUCCUAUGGUGGUAUUGAUCAUAGCAGUGCGAUGACGAUGGCUGUAUGCAUGGAGCAAUGGAAGGAGGUUGCUGUCUGGCAGCCACUUCGGUGUUUGGUGGAAUUGGUGGGGAGACGAGGCAAGCACAGAUGACUCCGGUUCCUUUUGUUCACUUGGACGAGCUUUUCCUUCAAAGCGUGAACAAUUUCCCCGAGUUAGAGAUGCAAAUAACUCAUAGUGGAACUAAGGCUAUGAUAUCACUAAGUGAUGCUCUUGCAGUUGUACAACAUUUGACGACUUCUGAUGCCAACAAUGCCCAUGUGGGAGCUAUCUUACGAGGAGUCAUCAUUUUGUUGCAAGAACUGCCGCUAGUAUCUGUUGCUUUAACUCCUAGAGAAGCGAAUCGGGCUGCCCAUGCUGUGGCACGUAAUGCCUUAUGCUACUUUGGCUCUUGUAGUGUUCGUUUCAAUUGUUCUUAUUUGCUUUGACUAUCAUUUCAUGAAGAAGCACUUGUAUUGUGGCUAUUUCGUGCUUAACUAGUUAAUCUGCAAGGGUUUCUAUGACAAAAAAAUGUGAAUUUCUACCGAAAAAAUAUAAGUAUUAGAGAAAAAUAUUACUAAAAUAGGGAUUGAGAAAAUAUAAUUAGAGAUUUGGGGAGUACAUAAUUGAAGAGUAAAGAAUUUGAAGCAGAAAUUGGCUAAGAAUAGCAGGGAAGGAUUGUCGACCUUUAGGGAGAGGAGAUAUGAGAUUUAGAGGAUUGAGAGAAUAGAGAGAAUAGAAUUUAGCAAAACUU